GAGCCUUUUUUCCAGAAAGUCGGUGUGCAGAGUCUUGCUAACACAUACUUACUUCCUCAGACUGAUCCAGGACCAGCAGUCAGGAUGCAGGUGGACGUGGUGUGGCUGACGGCUGGGCUUCUCGCCCUCCCCCUGCUCACACUAUGUGACCCAUUGUACAUCAUGGCAGCUCCCCAGAUCCUGCGAGUGGGAUCAAUAGAGCAGGUGUUUGUGGAGGCACAGGACUACAAAGGCACAGAUGCUUUAAAAUUCCAAAUCACAGUAAUGAACUUCCCUGAUAAACACACGGAAAUCAACAAUACUUACGUCACACUAAAUUCUGAAAACAACUAUCAAGCUCUUGUUGAUGUAAAGAUUCCCUUCAACGAUAAAGUUUUUAAAGUGGACUCUGAUGAACAACAGUAUGUUUAUCUGAAAGCAAAAAUUAAUAAUACCAUUGCCAUGGAGAAAAUUGUUAUGGUCUCAUUUCAGUCGGGGUAUUUGUUUAUUCAGACUGAUAAACCAAUAUAUACUCCAGAUACUACUGUAAAAUCCAGAAUAUUUGUUGUGAACUCCAAAAUAAAGCCUGUGGACAAUUUUGUGAUUGUGAAAAUAGUGACUCCGGAAGGGAUCGUUGUUCAUCAAAAACUCCUUACUGUAAGCAAAGGAUUAGUAACUCAUGACUUUAAACUGGGAGAUCCCAUCAGCAAUGGAAUCUGGAAAAUAGCAGCAAGCUUUAAGGAUAAUCCUAAUAAGAAUUUCACAACAGAGUUUGAGGUCAAAGAAUACAGGCUGCCCAGUUUUGAAGUAAAUCUGACACCUGAGAGAUCUUUCUUCUACGCCGAUGACGAAAAGUUUUCUGUCAAUAUCAAUGCAAAGUAUCUUUUUGGCGAAUAUGUUGAAGGUAGUGCUUUUGUUGUGUUUGGUGUGUUCCACGGAAAGGAAAAAAUAAUCAUCCGGAGCUCCCUGGACAGGGUUGUGAUUAGAGCUGGAGAAGGUACAGCAGUCCUAACCAGAGAAGAGAUCCUUCAAACCUUUCCAGACAUACAUCAAAUCAUCGGGGACACACUAUACAUAUCUGUCAGUGUGCUUACUGACACUGGCAGUGAAAUGGUCGAGGCUGAGAGGAGGGGCAUUCAUAUAGUGACGUCACCUUACACCAUCCACUUCACCAGAACCCCCAAAUAUUUCAAACCUGGAAUGCCCUUUACCUUCAUGGUGUAUGUAUUGAACCCUGAUGGGACGCCAGCAAAAAACAUUGAACUGUUGUUGAAACCCGAUGGUAAGAAAGGACGGACUAUGGAGAACGGCGUGGCUAUGUUCACCAUAAACACCUAUAAAACACAACAUGUGACAAAUUUCACCGUAGAGACUAAUGAUGAGAAACUUAACACCGGGAAGGGACGCCAAGCGGUUAACACGUGGACGGCACAUGCCUACAAGUCUAAACCUGGCUCCCAAAACUACCUGCACAUUAACUUACCUACUGGAGAGCUGAAGAUUGGAAAUCCGCUCCAUAUCUCGAUCAACAUUCCUGAUUUUUAUACAAAUAAAAACCACGAUAUUACUUAUAUGAUCAUAAGUAAAGGGCAAAUUGUGAGCGCCUCUAAGCUGACUAGACGUGAUAAUCCUGUGAUGAGCAUACCUGGCUUGAGUAUAACCAAGGACAUGCUUCCUUCAUUUCGACUGGUGGCAUAUUACCAUAUAGGGGACACUGAGGUUGUUGCUGACUCCAUCUGGGUUGAUGUGAAGGACACGUGUAUUGGAACGCUUGAAGUGGAAGUAGACGAUCCUCAACCAGCAUAUGCACCUCUUAAUGUAAUUAAUUUAAAAAUUACUGGGAGUCCCAGACAAUCUGUUUAUCUGAUAGCUGUGGAUAAGGGUGUCUACAUCCUAAACAACAAAAACAGACUCACUCAAACCAAGAUCUGGGAUGUUAUUGAGCAGCAUGACAUUGGCUGUACAGCUGGCAGUGGUAAAGACAGCAUGGGGGUUUUCUAUGAUGCAGGUCUGCUGUUCAUAUCAAAUACUGCAGGAAGCUCUGCUGACCGAAGAGAGACCUCAUGCACACCUGAUCCAAAAAGACAGCGGCGUGCCAUCACCAAAUCACAAAUCAUAAGCAAACUGGUGAGUGAGUACAGUGACACACAGAAGCAGUGCUGCAGGGAUGGGAUGGUGGAAAACUUCCUGGGUUACACCUGUGAGCGAAGAUCUCAGUAUAUUACUGAUGGAGAUGAAUGCCGCGAAGCCUUCCUGCGUUGUUGCCAGAAACUUGCUGAUUUAAGAAAAGAAUCUGUGCAUGGGGAGCUGCAUUUGGCCAGAAGUGAAGAGAAAGAUGCAGAUGAACUGUUUGAUGAAAUCACAUCGCGCUCAAACUUCCCUGAGAGCAUGAUGUGGGAUAUGAAAGAGAUUCCCAACUGUGGAGGAAAUAACAACUGUGACUCUGCUUUCGUAAUCAGCUCUCAUAACCUACCAGAUUCCAUCACCACCUGGGUGGUCACUGCUGUCAGCAUUUCAGAUGAUUAUGGUAUUUGUGUGGCAGAGCCAUAUGAGUUGAUCGUUAAGAAGAGGUUCUUUAUUGAUCUGAAAUUGCCUUACUCUGCUGCGGUCGGCGAGCAAAUAGAAAUCAAAGCAGUUAUCCAUAACUUAGAUAAAACUCCAAUGAAAAAGGUUUUUGUGGAGUGGAAGGAGAAUGAGGAGAUAUGUAGCAUGGCCAGCUUUAAAAGCAAGUAUCGCACGACUGUCAGCAUUGGAGGCAAAUCCUCCCGUGCUGUCCCUUUUGUCAUCAUUCCUCUAAAUGUAGGAGUAAUUUACAUUGAGGUGAAGGCCCUUGACUUGGAAUCACAGACGACAGAUGGUGUGCGGCAAUCGUUUAAAGUAGUGACUCAGGGUGUUUUGACAUCAACAGGAGAGGUCACUUUAAUAUUAGAGCCUGACAAGUAUGAAGGUGGAGUGCAAAGAUCAGAUUUCAAGAGGCCGUUCCUGGAGCACCAAAUGCCAGACACCCCAGCCCACACAUACAUAGCUGUUAGAGGCAGACCAUUAGCACAGAUGAUUAAUGAAGCCAUCAGCGGUAAAGGUCUAGAAAGUCUCAUUCAAGCGCCCAGUGGCUGUGGAGAACAAAACCUGAUGGCCAUGGUCCUGCCUCUCCUCGCAACACAUUACCUGGACAAAACCAACCAGUGGACGGAUUUGGGGGUGGAUAAACGCAGCGAAGCUAUCCAUCACAUUAAUACAGGCUAUGUGACGGAGCUCAAGUUUCAUACUGUAGAUAAGUCUUUUGCCAUUUACCCUCAUAAAAAAGGUAGCACAUGGUUAACUGCGUAUGUGGUGAAAAUGUUCAGUCUGGCGAGCGAUUUGAUCUACAUAGAGGAAAAUGUCAUUUGCGAUGCCAUCAACUGGCUGAUCACAAGCACUCAGGAUUCUGAAGGCAGGUUCUUUGAAGUGGAAUAUAUUUACUCCAGCUCUAUGGGUGGCAAAUAUUCCGGUCUAACUAUGACGGCUUUUGUGUUGAUCGCGUUACAGAAGUGUAGCACGAUUUGUCAAAAAGAUGUACCUAACCUUUCAACUUCCAUAAGCAAGGCAACAAAUUACACUGCACAGAACAUCGGUUCUGCUUCUGAUCCAUAUGCCGUGGCCUUGGCGUCCUGUGCUCUGGCGAAUGCUGAUCAGUUGGAUUCUGACCUUUUGUUCAAAUUUGCUUCACCUGACCGGAGCCACUGGCCAGUGAGCCAGAGUCAUGAUUUUACACUGGAGGCAACCGGUUACGCUCUCCUGGCACUUCUUACAGUUCGUGAUUUUGAGCACGCCAAACCCAUCGUAAGAUGGCUGAAGGCAAAUCAAAGAUUUUAUGGUGGAUACCGCUCCACUCAGGCUACAGCUGUGGUGUUUGAGGCUAUCGCUAAGUACAUGACUGAGAAACCUCGAUCCAGGGAGGGAUCGUUGACUGUCGUCGUCAGUUCUACUGCGAGAGCUACAGAGUUUAAAGGCUCGUUCUCCAAAAAUGAAAAAAGCCUACAGCGCUCAGACAAGUUCAUGGCAAAUGGAGACCUAUCAGUAACAGCAACUGGGCAAGGUGAAGGCUCCAUAUCAGUUGUCACACUGUAUUAUACAAAACCUGCUGAAAGUGAUCCAAAGUGUAAGAGGUUUGAUCUGGAAGUAAAAAUUACCAGAGACAGAAUUGUUACCCACAGUAAUGCACAUGCGACUUAUACGAUUGUCAUAGAGACCAUGUUUCUGGAUGAAACAAAAGAGGCCGCAAUGACCAUUUUGGACAUCAGCAUGCUGACAGGUUUUAUAGCAGAUACAAAUGACCUGGAAAAGUUGAUGGGAAAAGACAGGUACAUUGAGAAGUUUGAGCUGAACAAACAGCUUUCGGAGCGAGGAUCCCUCAUCAUCUAUCUGACAAAGGUCUCAAAUAAGUUUAAAGAAAGAAUUGCUUUCAGAGUUCAUAUGCUGUUAAAAAUUGGUUUACCUCAACCGGCAGCAGUGACCGUGUAUGAGUAUUACAACAAAGAGGACCAGUGUGUGAAGUUUUAUGACUUGCACAUGGAGCAGUCAAGCGGCUCACUCUACCUCCUCUGCCCUACAGAAGUGUGCAGCUGUGCUGAGGCAAAUUGCCCUCGGCUGAAGACGCCUGCAGUUCCAAAGGAAAAGGCUCGCAUUAAAGAAGCCUGCCACAACAAGGACUUCAUUUACAAGGCAACUCUGGAAACGGUGACAAGAAUACGCUCAACAGACGUCUACACUUUCAUCAUAGUAAAAAUUAUUAAAGAGGGGACCGAAAAGAAUGUGCUGAAUGAAUAUAAAGACUUUUAUGCUCAUAUAGUCUGCAAAGACAAGCUUCGUUUGGAGGAAAGCAAGAACUACCUCAUCAUGGGUCCUGAGCCAAAACUGAUUAAAGAAAAUUACCGCUACACGAUCGGAACCAGCACUUGGUUGGAGUACUGGCCCACAGAAGAGGAAAGUCAGGAGGACCAGAACAACAACAAGGAGAGAUACAUCGGCCUGAGAAGUCUGGAGAACUUGUUAGACGAGUUUGGAUGCCCAACUUAAACGUCUUAACAACAUGAACAUAAUCAGGGAAGUUUAUAUCAUGGCUUAAACCACUGAUUACAAGCUGCAAACUAAUCUACAUCUGAGUUUUCAAAUAAUAAUAUUGGGCUGCAUAAAUUUGAUCAGAGACGAAUGUUGUUAAAUGUUAAUAAAAAUGACAUCGCUUUGAGCUUGACACGUAUUCAACACAAAUAUAAUAAAAAGAAAGAAAUGACUCAGUAAAUACAUUCAUAAAUAAAGUUCUUUCAAUAAAA